AAAAAAUUGCACCUCGCCUACCUAUCGAGGUGUUAAUGUCUAAUUCUCAAUAUAAAGAACAAAGAGAUUUAUUUUUGCAAGGUUUUGCUGAAGUUCAAAAACGAGAUAUUUUCAACGCUUCAUCUCUCUAUGCUCAAAAACAAGAUGCUGGCUACAGAUUCUCUGAUAUCGAUCCUACAUCUUUCUAUGCUGUUGCUUCUAUUCAUGGUCUUCCUUAUGAACCUUUUGAUUUUUUGCCUACUGAAGAUAUUAAAACUACUGAAUGGAAUCCAAGUGAAAGUAACAGGCCUGGGGGAUAUUGUCACCAUGGUGAUGUCCUCUUUCCUACUUGGCAUCGACCAUAUGUUCUGUUAAUCGAAAUGCUGAUUUGUCAAUCAGCAAAAACAAUUGCAGCCAACUAUCCCGAUGAUAAAAAAGCCGCAUAUCAAAAAGCAGCUGAACAACUUCGAUUUCCAUAUUGGGAUUGGGCCAGUCCAACUACACUUGCAAGUGGUAUGCCUUCGUUCCUUUAUGAAGAAACUCUUGAAGUUGUAACUCCAGAUGGAACAGAUUCAUCUUUUCGUAAUCCUCUUCGCGCUUACACUUUACCACGAGAUCUUGGAAGUUUAUCACUUGUUGGUGAUUCAGCAAACCCAACUAAAAGACCUUACAUUCCGGAUCCGGGCAUAACUGUUUUUACUCCAAAAGGUUAUUCUACUGUCAGACAUCCUAACACUAAUUACGCUUCAGAUGAUAAUGCUGCUAGUCUCGAUAUUACAACUCAGUGUAGUGCUGUAUUCCGUCCAUCUAUUUAUCAAACUAUCCAUUAUGUUAAAACAUGGGAUCAGUUCAGUAAUCAUGGUGGUUUUCAACCUCCUAGUGGUGGUAAAAAACCUACCGUCCCUAUCACAGAAAAUUACGGUCAUUACGCUUCUAUUGAAUUUGUCCAUGAUGCUGUUCAUGGCGCUGUAGGUGGAACUGGGGGUCAUAUGGCAAAUCCUGAUUUGGCUGCUUUCGACCCCAUAUUCUUUCUUCACCAUUGUAAUGUGGAUAGGUUCCUUGCUAUUUGGCAGGCAAUUAACCCUAAUGCAUGGAUCGUAGAUGAUGCUGAAGCUUCUUUCACUGAAGGUACUUUCACUGAAGAGCCUCUUAAAAAACUUACUGGGAAAACAAACCUUACUCCUUUUAGAAGAACUGAGACUGAUUUUUGGACUUCAGAUGAAGUAAGAAAUAUUGAUCAACUUGGUUAUACUUAUCCUGAACUUCAGGAAUAUAAAGAUCCUGUAAAAUUGAAAAAUUUCUUGAUGGAAUAUUAUCAUCCAAACUUAUAUUUACAAUUUCAUUGGAAACUUACCUUAACCACUAAAAAAAAUCAAGUUGGAUCACCAUUUGAAAUUCGAGUGUUCCUUGAUAAACCUGAUGCAGAUGCUCAAACACCUAAAAGUAGUGCAAACUAUGCUGGGUCUGUAACAAUCUUUGCUCGUGGUCCGGAAACUAAAUGUGCUAAUUGUAAAGCUCAAAAAGAUGCUGUGGUAAAUGGUAGUGUUGACCUUACCCAAUGUAUGCAAAGGCUUAAUAUUGAUUUGAAUAAUCAACGUAGUUUACGACCUAAUCAAAUCAAAAUUGUAGCUGCUCGUGGUGGAAGUAAUAUAAAUCUUAAAGAUGUUUUAGUUUCUGCUGACUAUUUCAUUUUUGAUGAAGGUCCUGGACAUAAUCAUGAUUACGAAAAUUGGACUACGCAAUUAGUAGGAAAUGUUUAUCCAGGCAAUAAUCAGUAA